AUGCGUCCCGUCUCGCUGCCGUGGCUGCGUCUUCGCACCGUAGCCGCCUCCCUCUGUCCCACGCGCGCCUUCGCUAGCAGCUGCGUCUUCCCCUUCGCGUGCCGCUACCUUCAGCCGCCCGCGCCAAGUUCCUCCGGCUUUGGCCCCUUCGGCGCCGGCCCCCGCACCCCCUUCAUGGAGCGAUGCGCGGCGGCAGCCCCCGGCGCCCCCCCGGCACGGCGCCCUCUGCCGCCACCACCUGGCUUUGUGACUCCCUCCCCCGAGGUCGAGUCCGAGCGGGCCCCCGGGCCCCCGUCUCCCUCAUACGAGGUUGAGCCCGGCACCCCGCCCGCCCACCCUAAGACAGGCACGACGUCACCCUCGCCCGUCGCCUCUUCCGCCGCCGCGGCUCGGCUGCCGCCGCUGCCGCCGCGACACCCGCCGGCCCUGCUGCCCCGCCACUUGGCGUGA